CGCACCUUCCUCUCCCUCUCUCCGCAGGAAAGCGAGGAUGGCAUUGAAGGAGACGCUGUACUCUCAGAUUACGAAAGCGCAGAAGACUCGGAGGCAGAGGAAGAGGAUUACAGCGAGGAAGAAAGUGCCAAAGUGGAACUGAAGCAGGAUAGUAAUGAUUCCUGUGAGUCAGCAGCAAAAGCAGAGAAAGGGGAUGAGAAACCUGACUCCAAAGGUGCUGUAACUGGUGAGAGGCAAAGCGGGGAUGGGCAGGAGAGCACUGAACCUGUUGAGAAUAAAGUUGGGAAAAAAGUUCCCAAGCACCUGGACGAUGAUGAGGAUCGGAAGAACCCGGCUUACAUCCCGCGCAAAGGGCUCUUCUUUGAGCACGACCUCCGAGGGCAGACGCAGGAGGAGGAGGUCAGGCCGAAGGGUCGUCAGCGGAAGCUGUGGAAGGAUGAGGGCCGCUGGGAGCACGACAAAUUCCGGGAGGACGAGCAGGCCCCCAAGACCAGGCAGGAGCUGAUCGCGCUUUAUGGCUAUGACAUCAGGUCAGCUCACAACCCCGAUGACAUCAAGCCGAGGAGGAUGCGCAAACCAAGGUUUGGGAGUCCUCCUCAGCGAGACCCAAACUGGUCCAACGAGAGGCCAAACAAGCCCCCAAGGCACCAAGGCGCAGACAGCACUUCAGCUCCCCCGCGAACGUUCACCAACAGGAGCUCUGCAGGUACAGGGAGGAUGCCCCCGCCUAGGAACUACCCGAGGAUGGGCGGCUACAAAGAGACCCGUCCAAGCUACCGAGCUUCGGAAGCAAGCGUCCAGCAUCUGUCUCGUAACGGCGAGCAAGCGAAACAGGAGAACAACUAUCGAGCAAAGCGUGCAGAGCAAACCCCACCGAGAGACAAGUCACCCGAGGUGGAAGCGGCACACGUCCACGGCAGCCCUGUGAAGGAGGAGGUUGCUUUGGAAAACCAAGCCACGGCUGCUGAUGCUGUGCAGCCACCACCAGACAGACCAAUUGAAAAGAAGUCUUAUUCCCGGGCAAGAAGGACCAGAAUCAAAGCUGGGGAUGCGGGGAAGCUGGCAGAUGAAGUGCCCGCUUCGGAAGGGCUGACUCCUGUGCCUCCAAAACCCGUGCAAGCCGAGACGUCCCCCCCACCAGCCAAGAGCAGUAACUGGGAGUCACCAGUAGAAUCCAGCUUGGAUGGACUCGAGCAAGAGAUGACCCAAAUGAAUCUCACUGAGCAGAACUGGACUCCGGGGCAGUCUCAGUUCAUACAGCCCCGGGAGCUGAGGGGUAUUCCUAACCAUAUGCACGUGGGAACUGGGCCACCGCCUCAGUUUAACAGGAUGGAGGAAAUGGCGGUGCAGGGGGGCCGCGUGAAACGCUACUCGUCGCAGCGGCAGAGACCGCCGGUGCCGGAGCCUGCCCCCCCCAUGCACAUCAGCAUCAUGGAAGGGCACUACUACGACCCACUACAAUUCCAGGGACCAAUCUACACCCACAGUGAGAACCCGGCCCCGCUGCCGCCCCAAGGGAUGAUCGUACAGCCAGAAAUGCACCUCCCUCAUCCAGGUUUACAUCCCCACCAGACGCCAGCCCCCAUAGCAAACCCGGGGCUGUACCCUCCGCCAGUCUCCAUGCCCCCGGGCCNNCCCCCCCCGCAGCAGCUGCUUGCACCGACUUACUUCUCCCCUCCUGGAGUCAUGAAUUUUGGGAAUCCUGGCUCCCCCUACCCCCCGGGAGCACUACCCCCUCCGCCCCCUCCUCAUCUCUAUUCCAACACGCAGGCCCAGUCCCAGGUGUACGGAGGGGUCACGUACUACAACACUGUCCAGCAGCAAGUGCAGCCCAAGCCUUCUCCGCCUCGAAGGACGUCCCAGCCUGUGACCAUCAAGCCACCGCCUCCCGAGGACAGCAAAGGUGAAAAGUCAAAGGAGAGGAGCAACACGUAGGGAUGUGGCCGUGGGAAUUCCAACCCCAGACCCGGCACCUCAGCAAGGAGGAAGCUCCUUCUCAGGAAAGGCUCCUUCCCUGUGCGUAGGUGAGGCAGCGGGAUGAAAUCAGCUGCACCGUCUUGUGCUCAGGGCCAGGCACCUUCCCUCUCUGGUUUUACUGGUGCCCUCCCGAAAACCAUCUCGCCGCUGCCGAUCUGCCCUCCUUCCUCCUCCCUCACUGGGGCACAGAGGUCACCGAAGAAUCAUCCCCCGGAGUCGGUCCUUGGCCACAAGUUCUCGCAACUUCUCUCUUUUACUAAACAUCUGCCCUUUUCCCUCUCUAGGAUGUUAAACUCGACUGGCUUGAUUGUGGUCUCUGUUUUUAUUUAAGAAAUGAACCAGCUCCUUCAGUAAAGCUGAUUUGUUUCUUUUGGGU